CGAACCCGAACCCUAACCCGAACCCGAACCCGAACCCGAACCCGAACCCGAACCCGAACCCGAACCCGAACCCGAACCCGAACCCGAAACCGAACCCGAACCCGAACCCCGAACCCGAAACCGAACCCGAAACCCGAACCCCGAACCCGAACCCGAACCCGAACCCUGAACCCGAAACCAGAACCCGAACACAAACCGAACCCGAACCCGAACCCGAAACCGAACCCGAACUCGAAACCGAACCCGACCCGAACCAGAACUCCGAACCGAACCCAAACCGAACCCUAA